AUGUUUCAUAUUAAUUGUAGAUGUGUAAUAUUGCAACAACCAUUUAUUGAUGUAAUGAGUAAUAAACAACAGUUGGGAAACUUUGUUAGGAUUUCUGUUGGUGGAGAACUUGGUAUCGAAUGGCUCAUUGAAUCGGAUUAUAGCCCAAGUUUUCUAAACGAGAGAAUCGAGGCUUACAUCCAAUGGAUUCACAAAUAUAUUGAAGACAUGAAUGAAACAGAUUUUGAGACUCAAAGACAGGCUUUGAUUACUAGAAAACUUGUGAAACCGAUGAAUAUUUACACAAAAUUUAAGAAAAUUUUGAAUGAAAUUGAAUCAAAAGAAUCUAAUUUUAAUCGACAGGAGAUUGAAGUGAACGCUAUUAAAGAGACCACAAAACAAGAUAUCAUUCACUUCUUUAAGUAUUGCGAGAGGAUAUCCAAACAUAAGUUAGUGUUAGUGGAUGUGGUAAGUGAUGGACAGGUAAUGGGCAUGUGUUGGCUGCUGUUGUGGCCACCACUGGAUCAGUUGAUGAUAUCAACUAACUGUCGACGCACGUGUCCAAAGUGGUUGAACACCCAAUCGAUGGUAGUGACCAACACCUGUCGACAUUGUCUUUGUGUGCCAUCGCUGACCAUAACCUCCAAUCGGGUCCCAUAUAGUGUGUCCACCCGUUGGCCACCGUUGCCAACGAAUCCGAUGUUGAAUUUCAUGUUAGGUGUCUUGAGAUCAAAACAUCUGUCCCACGACUCCCCCGAUCGCCGCAAACUGACUGUCAGUAUAGUAACUGAUAAUCCAAUCAAUGAAAAAGAUAUCAGAGAUCUCAACACCAAUGAUAUGCCGACAUCGACUGAAAUACCGGAAUCGAUAAUUAUUGAAAAUAUCGCACAAUUCAAGACACGUUUUGUUAUGUAG